UCCCGACUCGCCUAGUGUGUUUUUGACAUCGGUACACGCAGUCGUGAACUUCGGAGCGGAUAAAUACUUUUAUUUAUAGUUUUAAUCGAAUAAAGUCGUGUGACGUUCGUGAAUACCUGUGUUACCCGGGAUACAAUAAAUAUGAGUAUUGCUGCCCUCCUCCAAGCUGCUGAAUACAUCGAAAGGCGCGAGAGAGUUUCUUUUGUUGCAGAAGCGGAGCACGGAUACGCGUCGAGUUUGCCGGCGUACGACGAGUCCCGGGGAGGGAAACGGCCGAAGACGAAGAAAUCGCAGGGGAGCAGGACGACUCAUAACGAGUUGGAAAAGAACAGGCGAGCACAUCUCAGAAGUUGCUUGGAGAAACUGAAGGACAUGGUGCCCCUAGGACCAGAAGCAUCACGACACACCACACUAGGUUUAUUAACGAAAGCAAAAAGAUUUAUAAAGAGCUUGGAAGAAAGAGAAAAACGACACUCCAGUCACAGAGAGCAAUUAGCACGCGAACAACGCUACCUCAGACGGCGGUUAGAACAGUUGCGCGCGUCACAUUGCGGCGUGACAGUGCGCAGCGUGUCGGAGAGUUCUGUGACGCACGCGCACGCGACGCGCGCCGACUCGCUGUCGUCGCUCGAGUCGUCGUCGGGCGUGUCGACGGCGGAACGGUCGCCGUCAUCUGUAUCUGAAAGUGAUGAAGUUGACGUGAUCGGUUACACGUCGAACCAGAGUGACAGCGAAAGUCUAGUCUCCGGCCACAGCGGGGACAGCGGCGUGGGGUACGCCCGCGCGCGGCGAGCCCGGGGCGCGUCCCCCGCCGGGCGCGCGCGCCGGGCGCGGGCCGCGUCCCCCGCGCGCGCGCCCGCCGCCUGCACGCGCGUGCGGCGGUCCGUGCGCGCCUCCAGGGUUUAGGGGAAUGGGGGCGGCGCGGGGCGCGCGGCGGCGACGCUCACGUUAUCUUCGUAACGUAAAUCGUAGAACACUUUGUUGAUACAUGUACUAAGGCGAAUGUUGUUUCUGUGACUGAACGGAACGUGCCAGAGAGUGACCGGCGACCUGCGCCCGCGCCGCAAUCACCCACACAAUACACACACGACACACCAUAGACAUAUAUAUAGAUAGAUCGCGCUCAUGCUUGUUAAGGAUAUAAAUUUUUUUAUUUUUCGAUUUUCUUUCUUUUUAACGUAUACUACGAUGUAUACGUCACUUAUGACAAAAAUCUAUUUUUUCUCCCUUUCUCAUGUCCUAAUAUUUUAUAUUUCACGUUCUUUCACAUUAAAUGUAUCGUUAUAUAAUGUUCUAUAUUUUUCAUAGGGAAUCUUAAUUUUCUCAAUCUUCAGUCGUAUAUACUCUCUUACUCUUUUCAAUAUCUCCCCUUUUCUCUCCGUCUCUAUAUCUCUCUUUUUCUCUCUUCCUCGCUCUCUAACAUAAAUUUCUAUAAUAUUCUAAAAAUUAUCGACGGCUAUUAUCGUUGAUAAUUUUUCCAAUUCUUUCCAAACACUAACUUUCUGAUCGUUGGAUCCUGUCAUACAAAAAUCGAUAAUAACAAAGUUUGCAAAAAUAAACGUAAACGUUAUUAUUGUAUGUUGUUUAUAAAAAUGAACGGUGCGAGAUCUGGCUAGAUGUAUGUCUAUGCACACUUCUACAUCACUGAGUACAAAAUUGCCAAAAAAUCUUAUCGAUAUUUUUAUUUUUCUCUUUCGUGUGGCGUGUUUACCUUAUUCCGCAUCAAUGUCGCUAUUCCAUUUUGUGUUAAACACUUCAGAUAUUUGCGGAAAUAAUAAAUAAUAAAUUAAUAUAUUAUUUUAAUACUUUAACUCUAUUAAUAUAUAAAAAUCGGUAUAAAGAUUCAAUGUCCCGAAGUGAUUUGAUAGACAGUUGAUUAUUUAUCUAUUUAUAAAAAUUUUCUAUUGGACAAUUUUGAAUUCGGAACUGUCUUAGAGAGAACGUUUUCAAAAACUCUGUACUUACAGUUAUUAUUGAUUUUCACAAAAAUAUAAUUUGCUAACAUAGCAAAUGUUGUAUAGAAGAUAUAUCUAUUUUAUAUUUUGUAUAUAAUUAUUUUUUUUUUCUGUAUAAAUUAAUCAUUAAUCAGUAAGCGUAGGUCUUUAUGAUGGGCUACGCCUGAAAUGACUUAGCACUACGAUUAACAUGUCCGUCGAUAUUUUACUAACACAUAGUUGACAUGGACUUAGUGGCUACGCACUUUGUAAGUCACUAUUAUACGCGUUAUACUUACUAAGUGGGUAGUCGCUAAGCUCGUGUGAAGUGAGCAUAACAAGCAGAACAGAAAGGCUAUGAGAAUCCUAGAUGAUAGUCACAUUGCUUGUUUCAUUCACAAAUUGCAUUAUUACAUUUUGAUUACCGAAAACUAAGCUGUAGUGGACACUGUCGUUUUUACUAUCUCAAUUAAUUACACAUCAAUCAUUGAAAUAAGACAUUAAAAAAAAUUGAAUACAGAAAGCUUAUAGCAUUUGUAUAAAAAAAUUAAGUGCAAUACUUUAAAAACGAUAUGUUUAGUGCAAUAGGAUAUGUGUCAGUGUAAAAUUCUUGAAAUUAUUGAAAGAUAUGUUAAUAUGAUUUUUUAAGGUAUUAGGUAUUCACGGCAGUGUCUGCUAUACACACAGUACAUCACUUACUAACCGUAUUGUUAAGUAUUAAUAUUGAAUAUUAAUGAUCUCACUCCAUUGUCACACGUCCAUUCUAGUAAUAUUAUGUCAUACAUCAAUCUCUUACCGAAGAGGGAAAUCUGACAUGUCUAGUAAAAUAUUUAGGUCGGUGCCGUCCGAGGGAAGAGGACAAAAGACCAAACCACGCUGUGCAGAAUCGGUAGACUUUGUCAUUAAAAAAUUAAAAUAAUGCCUGCAAAGAUUUAACUUUAAGAUUGUUGUGGUGAAGUGCGAUAUAUGUUUUCUAUCUCACUAUUGUCAUAAAAAUAAUUAUAUACAUUCUUUGUUGUGCAUAAAACAACAGAACUGAUUCGUCGCUUCCCUCGAUCGGACGUCACUAACAUGCGAGCAAAAUAUUCAAAAUAUGGUCGCAAAAGGGUCAUAAAUCAAUUUUCAGUAGAUAUUGAAAUAAUAUAUAUUAAAUAUAUUUAUCCAAUUUUAGACCGUAUUAAUUUUUGGUCACAUUAUUUGAAAAAUUAUUUAAAGUAAGCACUUUUUUGUAAUGAAGUCGAAAAUUUAGUUAUAUUUUAAUAUUAAUGACAUAAUUACUUCAAUGGAUUUAUAUUUUACGUGGAUAUUCAUGUACCAAAAAUAAUAAUAAAGGUAGUUACUUGAUAACGUGCUUUGGCACGGAUAAACGGGACAGCUGAGAGAUAUAUUUUGUUAGAAUAUCUUGUAAAUUGUUAAUUUGUUGAGCUCUGACUGAAUUUCGUUGUAUUAUAAUCUAUUUGUUUUGAUAACGCGUUCGGUGGGACGUUAACGCCCAAUCAUACUUCUUUCCUCUAGCUCCUGCUAAGUAAUGAGAGAAUAUAAUGUUAAGUUAAUAAUUAUUUAUUAAUGUUUUAUUUCCAAAAGAAAGAAUAGGGAAAUUCGUUAGAAAUAAAUAUAAAACGCAUGCUAUUUAACGAUUGCAAUAAAUCUUUCAACCUGUGAAAAAAAAACAUAAAAUAAACGAAAUUGAAUUUGUUGCCAAAAUAUUUAAGUUUCCCAAGUGAAUUGUAGUUAUGCCUAAAUUGAGAAAUCUGCUAAAAAAAAUAUUAUUAUAUACUCUCAUUAUUUUAGUCAUGCGACCGAAUGUUGGUAUAUUUUCUUAUAAUACAUAUGUAAUAUCAAUAAAAUUUUCUAAUGAAUUGUAAAUUGUUUUAGGUAUGGAUGUUGUAAUAAGGAUAGUUGUAACGUAUCAUUUUGUAAGUAAUGAAUUUGUUUUAGAAAUGACAGCCUGAUCUCUUAAGGUAAACGCGUUUACGCUUGUCUCCGUCGGGCGACUACACUCAAAACUUCACUUAGUUUACAUGAACUUAGUUACUAAAACGUGGUGCCAGUUAGCAAGUUAUAACUGUGAGCGACUUAAGUGAUCGCUGGAUAUCUAUCUAAUAGGUAGAAUAAAUAUAAUAAUAUUUUGUUUUACUUGCUAUCUUGCGCUUAGUUAUUAUAAUAUAAUAAUAAUUAUCUUGAAAUCAUCCAUUGCUGUGGUAAUAGCGCGAAAAUAUGCGAGAUUUAUUUUUGUAUUAUUAUUUCAAGUCCAUGUAAACUAGGCUUUAUGUCAACACCGCAGGCUCGCAAUGGCUAACAGGAAUUAAAUUGGUUGUUAUUUAUGAUUGAUAAAUGUGUUUUGUCGUUCUGAAGGAUUAUUUGUUCUGUGUGAAAAAAAAAUCGCGAAGUUAAUGGACAUUUUUUUAUUAUUACAAUUACUAUACUACAAUUGUGCGCCGUUUUCCAAAAACUACUUACUUAGUUUUAGGUAAAUCAAUUUCUUAAUUUAAACGUUCCUGUAAUUACUUCGCGAAAUGAAUGAGUAGUCUCGAGAGUAAUGUAAUAUCUAAUAAUAAUUGAAUCUUCAGAACAGUGACUUUUCGUCACGUUGUUAUCUAAAUUCUAAUUAAUUUAAAAGAAAAAAUUAAGUAAAUAAGGUCGCUAAAUAUACUAAGUACGAAUAAGUUUUAAUUGUGUACUGGAGCGAAUGUCGGUUGAUCGCGAUUUGUUGCAACAUUUCUGUGAAAUGCUGUUAAAGUUCAAUGUUAAUUAAUUUUAAGAUCGGAAAUUGCGAGCCUCGGUGAGACAGCCCGAUGAUAAGGGCCAAUUCAGAUUGGACAUAAUAAAUUUUAAUAUCACGUUGAAAAGUCCUCAAGAUCUUUUCCGCCCGAUCUCUAUUGACCCUAAUACGCCUCUGUCGAACCUGCCACAACGUCAACAAAAUUAUUUAUUAAAGAAAAUAUUUAUGUAUCACAAAAUUUAUUUAUAUUAAUUUAGGACAGUGCUUUCGAAUGUCUUGCUUCACUCAGCGUAUCACAUGCCUGCCGGUACUGUAGUCUCAAAGCUUUAAUUAAAUUUCCUGGUAAGCCAGAAAUACACAUUCGAAUAUGAAUCUUACUUUUGUACGAAACUGUUUGACCGUCCGUAUUACGUUUCAAGUUUUAUUCAUAAUUUCACAGGAUGGGAAAAAUACCAGGUAUUGAAAUAUUGAAUGUUAUUUGCUGAGCUUUUUCCUUUUCUGAGUUCACAGUUGAUUCCAUAGUAAAAAUUGAUAAAUUUUUGGAACAGCCCAUGUUUUCAGAUUUUUAUUCGAAUAUUAAUUCUUCGGCCGUACGGGAGCGAUUGAGCUGUAUAGCAUGUACUCAUUUUACAAUCUGGUUGUUUCAAUUUCUCGCAAAGCAAUUAAUUGCAUCAAAAAUCCGUUAACAUUAAGCAAUUUAAUUUUGUGAAUCGGUUGCUACUUGCCUUGUUCUGCCUACUAUUAAGCAAUAUGGCCGCGUCGUGACCAGUUGCCGCAACCAGAUUGCGAUGUGAAUUAACGCUAUCACUUUAAAACUUACCUACCCUACCUCGCUACAGUAAGAGUAAUGGGUGUAGAAGCGGCGACGGGACGCUCAAAGAGUACAAAUUCUGUAUAAGCCCCUACAUGAGUCUUAAUUCUAAAUGUUAAUUUUAAAAACACGACACAGGGAGAGGUAUUGUCAAAGUACGAUAGUUAAUGUAGCGCGGGCAGUAAUAGCCAACGAUCCAGUCAUCUCUGCCUUUGGUGUUGUCUCUUCCUUAACUAAAUUGUCUAUGGUCUGUCGCUACGAUGCAAGGGCUCACUCAUACUGGGCGUUUUUGAGGCGUCGUCUUCUAGCGUUUACCUAACUAGCGUACCUACCUGUAUGAUGCAACUAUACCGCUCCGUCUAGGCCUUGUAGACGCCUGAAAGACGCCCAGUCUGGGAGGGGCCUAAAAUUUACUCAGGUAUUUUGUAGGCGAUGCAUUGUGGAGACGGAACAUGGAAAAGUGCGUCGCACUGUAUGCGCGCACCUUUUACUAGAUAAGAAAUGUGUUAUUAGAAAAAAAAAAUGCAAUAAAUUAUUGGCGAUGUCACUUAUUCGAUACGGUUUUGAUUCACCAUGAUUUGUGUCAAUGUGUCAUUUACUAAUCUGUAGAAAAGUAUACCAUUAGAUGAUUUUUUUCAUUCAAUAUAUGUACCUUUAUUUUCAACAUAUUUGACUUACUAGUUCAAAUAUAUGAAAUUAGUAUGUAAGAUACCUUUUUACCGUGGCAAAUUAAGACCGUAGCGAAUAAGGAACAAGCCGAAAUCGUCCUCAGCGACAGCAGCGCCGCGCCGCGUCAGUUUACCCAUGCUGUAAAAUAAUAAUCCGGCAUUGUAAAAAUAUCAGUACGAUUGUAAAUAUUGGAGCCAAAAUUUUUAUACAAAUUAUUUCAUAAAAUAUAUUCUUGGACCAAGUGGCGCGACGCGGCGCUAGCUGUGGCUCACUGCUGCGGCCAAGUAUCGAUAAAUUUAAAACGUUACGUAUCGAUACAACCGAUAUCGAUAAAAAUAUAAAGGUUAUCGAUGCGACGAUUGGCUCAUUAUGUAAGCAGUGUUUAACAGUCAUUCGUUGUCUGAACGUAGAGGCAAAUAUUAGGUACUAUUGUGACUAUGCUGAUGUGACUUGGCAGCAUUAUUCAAUGUAAUUGACGAAGAAUGGCACAUACUAUAUGUAAAAAAAAAGUUAUAGAAUUAAUUUAAUAAAAUUAUAAAAUUAA